AUGGGGAGAUGGACGUUACAGCUCUCAGUGGGGCUUGGGCUUCUAGCUGUCCUGCUGACCUGCUGUUAUGCUGAAAUGACCUACUGCUUCGCUUCCAGGGCCAAGACCUGCUCAGAAUGCCUGCAGGCUGGUAAAGGCUGUGCUUACUGCCCUGAUGAGAACUUUAAUGGACCUCGGUGUGACCUGUAUGAGAAUGUACUCGCCCAUGGCUGCAGUGCAAGGGCUAUUAUUACAGCUGAAAGUAGCAUGAGUAUACAAAAAAAGGAUAAGAUCAACGUUCAGCUCCAGCAGUCUCAAGUGUAUCCGCAAAUGAUGACCAUGAGUUUUCUACCUGGAGAGGAAAGGACGGUGGAUGUGGAGGUGUUUUCUCCGACCAAAGGCCCUCUGGACCUUUACAUUCUUAUGGACUUCUCUAACUCCAUGAAGGAUGAUUUAGACAACUUGAAGCAGAUGGGGAAAGAGCUGGCUUUAUUGGUUGAGAAGCUGUCAGACGAUUACACCAUUGGCUUUGGAAAGUUUGUGGACAAAGUGGUCGAGCCCCAGACUGACAUGAGACCCAACAAACUUGCUAAACCGUGGCCUGACAGCGACCCGCCAUUCUCUUUCAAAAACGGCAUUCCGCUGACCAGCAACUUAACAUACUUCAACAGUAAGCUCCAGGAGGAGAGAAUAUCUGGCAACUUGGAUGCUCCUGAAGGAGGAUUUGAUGCCAUACUGCAGGCAGCAGUCUGUGGGGAUAAGAUUGGGUGGCGCCCCCUCAGCACACAUAUCCUGGUUUUCUCCACUGAGUCUGCCUUUCACUAUGAGAAUGAUGGUGCCAAUGUGCUGUCAGGCAUCCUGCGGCGCAAUGAUGAGAAAUGCCACCUGGACGCCUCAGGACAAUACACAGAGGAUACUACACAGGAUUACCCUUCAGUGCCCACACUGGUCCGUGUGCUUGGCAAACACAACAUCAUUCCCAUAUUCGCUGUCACCAACCACUCCUACACAUACUACCAGAAACUCAAAGAGUAUUUCCCCAUUGCUGAGGUCGGUCUGCUGCAAGAGGACUCAUCCAAUAUCCUGCAAGUUAUGGAGAUUGCCUUCGAGAGUAUCCGUUCUAAGAUGAGCAUCCGUGCAGACGACAAACCCAAGUCUUUUCAUGCGCAGUUCUUGUCCACCGAAGGAAAGCUUAAAGAAUACGGAGCCUUUGAUUUCAAACCUGGAGCAAUAGGCAAAUUCAAGAUGCAGCUCAAAGCCCAGCGGAUGGUCGAUGAGGAACCUGUGUGUCAGAUGAAUACAGAUGAAAAAGACGGCACACUGAGAGUCAAACCUACAACGUUUAGUGUCGGCGUAAAUAUUGAUGCCUCGAUUUUGUGUCCAGUCUGUGACUGUGAGAAGACCCCCAUCUCUAAAGCGUCUAGAUGCCAUGGCAACGGAGACCUAGUGUGUGGGAAGUGUCAGUGCUUUGAUGGCUGGCUGGGUGCAUUCUGUAACUGCUCAGCUAGUGCAUCAGCUCGGGAUGCCAGCCAGUGUAUAGCUCCAGGCGGUGCGCUGCCUUGUUCAGGACGUGGAGACUGCAUGGCGUGUGGAACCUGUGUGUGCUACAACCCAGAUCAAUUUGAAGGAGCUUACUGUCAGUACGACAAGAACCAGUGUCAGAGAUUCGGAGGCUUCCUCUGCAAUGCGCGUGGCUCUUGUGUUAUGGGCCAGUGUGCAUGUACUGAAGACUGGGAGGGCAAUGCCUGUGAGUGUCCCAAAAGCAACCAAACCUGCCUGGACAGCAAGGGGGGUGUCUGCAAUGGGCGAGGUAAAUGUGUAUGUGGCCGCUGUGAGUGUCCAACCUCUGGUCUUGCGAUGACUUCUACCUGUGAGCCAAAUUUCCAGGCCCAGUUGGGUGUGUGUGAGGCUACGAGGAGCUGUGCUCAGUGUAAGGCUUGGAAGACAGGAGAGAAGAAGGACGAAAAGGAGUGUGCAAAGUGUCCCUUUGAUAUCACCAUGGUGGAUGAACUCAAAGAAAAGGAAAAGGUGCUUGAUUCAUGCAGUUUCCGUGAUGAGGAUGAUGACUGCACGUACCACUACACUGUUGAAAACCCGAAAGAUCCGACAGCAAAAGACUUGGAGGUUCAGGUCCUUAAGAAAAAAGACUGCCCCCCUGCCAGCCUCCUGUGGCUGCUCCCUCUCCUCUUGUUCCUCUUGUUACUGCUGGCACUUCUGCUGCUCUGCUGCUGGAAAUACUGUGCCUGCUGCAAAGCCUGCUGGCAGAGCUGUCUUGCUUUGCUGCCUUGCUGUAGGAAAGGUCGCAUGGUUGGCUUCAAGGAAGACGAGUAUCUGCUCCGCCAGUCUCUGCUCACUUCAGACCAUCUAGACACACCACUGGUGAGGACCGGCCCACCCAAAGGCACUGAUGUUGUUCGCUGGAAGGUCAUGGAUAACGUGCACCGAGGACCCAGUCACCCCCAGGCUUUAAUAAAGCCCAACCCUAAAGAGACCAUCCAGUUCCCGCUCUCCCUCCGGCUCAAUAGGUUGUUCUCUGAGAACCUCUCUCGCCCCGAAUCUAGAGAUGCCGAACAGCUCCGCAAGGAAGUAUCUGAUAAUCUAAAUGAGGUGUACAAGCAGAUUCCUGGGGCCCAGAAAGUGCAAAAGACCACAUUUAGAAUGCAGAGAAACGCUGGGAAAAGACAGGACUACGCCAUUAUGGACACCGUUCUGUCUGCUCCUCGCAGUAGCUACCCCGAUAUUGUCAAGCUGACAGAGAAAAAUGUCCAGUCCGGAAACUUCCAUGACCUCAAGGUGGUGCCUGGUUACUACACUGUGGCCACAGACAGAGAGGCUGCGGGAGCUGUGGAGUUCCAGGAAGGUGUGGAGUCUGUAGAUGUUCACGUGCCACUCUUCGUCAAGGAUGAAGAUGAUGACAAGAAACAGCUGCAGGUGGAGGCCAGGGAUGUGCCACUGGGCAUUGCCGAGAUUGGAAAACGUUUGGUGAACAUCACCAUCAUCAAAGAGCAUGCCUCCAGUGUGUUCUCGUUCCUCCAGCCAGCUUACACCUACAGCAGGCAGGACGGAGUGGCCAACAUCCCAAUUGCCCGAGAGAUCAUAGAGGAUGGGCGCACACAAGUCAGCUACCGCACACGGGACCUAACAGCCAAAGAUAAGAAGGACUAUGUGACUGUAGAAGGAGACCUGACCUAUGGUCCUGGUGAGACCCAGAAGAUAGUUCCUGUUCGUCUGCUGGAGCUUGGUGAGAAAGACGGCCUCCUGGAGGACAAACAGGUCAAACAGUUUGUCAUGGACCUCAGUAACCCACGGCAGGGCGCCAAGCUGGGACGCUACCCAAGAACUACUGUCACCAUCACAGACCUACCAGAACCUGGUGUUAUGAUGUUCAAGAAGGGUACCCAGACCUUCACCACAUCUGACUCAACCUACACUAUCCCUGUGGUCCGCACCCGCAACCAGGACAGCCCUGCAACAGUGAAAUGGCGUACCAAGAACGCCCAGCGCUUCGAGCUAUCCGGGCCUCUGAAGUUCAACCCUGGAGAGACAGAAAAGAACAUAGUGAUUGAGCCAAAGGCCCAUUCUGGUCCAAUCCAACCAGAGAACUUCCAGCUGGAACUGUUUGAGCCAAGUAGCAAUGCAUCUAUUGGAGAGAGGAAGACAACCAAUGUCAAUGUCAUUGAAGGACUUGCCCAGAAUCCAGUGAUGGCCCAGAGACAGGAGAAGGGCUAUGUAAACCAGAAAGCCACCUCCCCUGGGGGCUACCUUCUCUCGCCAGAAAACGUGAAGGCCAAAGCAACUGGACCCAGAACCAUUCGUCUCAACUGGGACCCAGCGUCUGGUAAUCCCAGGGGGUACAAGGUCAAGUAUUGGGUCUAUGGGGACCCAGAGAAAGACGCCGAGGUCUUAGAUGUGAAUACUAAUCAAGCUGAGUUGACCAACCUGUACCCCUAUUGUGACUAUGAGAUGCGAGUGUGCGCCUACAAUGAAAUGGGAGAUGGCUAUGAUACCGACAUGAUUGCCUGUCAAACUCUGGAAGAUGUGCCUGGUGAGCCUGGUCGUCUUGCCUUCAAUGUCAUCAGCCCAACAGUCACUCAGGUCAGCUGGGCAGAGCCUGCAGAGACCAAUGGCAUUAUCACGGCUUAUGAGGUCCUCUACACUCCUAUUGAUGAUGAACUGAAGCCUGUGGGUGCAGCCAAGAAAGUAAAGAUUGACAACGCAAAGAAGCGAAUGCUGUUGAUUGAGAACCUUCAGAGCGCCCAGACAUACCAGUACAAGGUCCGUGCCAAAAACAGUGUGGGCUGGGGUCCCUUCAGAGAUGCCUCCAUAAAUCUGGCAUCACAGCCUGCCAGACCGCUGUCCAUUCCCAUCAUUCCAGAUAUCCCUAUUGUGGAUGCAGAGGCAGGUGACGAGUAUGACGGCUUUCUGAUGUACAGCAAUGAGGUUCUGAAGUCUCCUGCAGGCUCCAAGACACCCAGCGUUUCUGGUGAUGAUUACAUGAUGAAUGGAAAGUGGGACCAGAACUUCCUUUUCCCAGGGGGUUCAGUGACACGCAACCUUUCUACAUCGUCCUCUCCUAUGUCCACCCUGAGCUCAAACUACAGAGGGGCGGACAACUCGUUUACCACAGAAACCACCACCAGCUACAUGUCUGGACCAGGAAGCUCUUAUAGACAGGAUAUGAUUGUAGGUGGAGUACACACAACUGACGUGAUCAUGAGGAAGCGUUCAGAGAACAGGAUGUACACAGAUGAACACAUCCGGGACUCUAUAGUCAUGGGAGAGGUGUCAAGCAAAUUCCCAGAUCUAGGUGGUUACGGCUACAUUGGGACACAGAGCAGCUCGCGCAGCCAGUUCAGCUACAACCUGCCUCAGGUUUCGAGGGCCAGGACCCAAUCUUCGGAUGUCCAUGAAGCCCUAUAUAAUCUGGACAGGGUCCUCCAGGAUGCAAGACUCUCUCCGGGUGUCCCUGAUACCCCAAGCAGACUGGUGUUUUCUGCACUGGGUCCCACUGCCCUGAAAGUCAGCUGGCAGGAGCCCCACUGUGAGAAGAACAUCCUGAGUUACUGUGUCCUCUAUCAGCUGCUCAAUGGAGGUGAAGUGAAGCGUAUCAAUGUCACCAACCCAGCAGAGAACUCUGUGAUCAUCCAGGACCUUCUGCCCAACCAUUCCUACCUGUUUAAGGUGAAGGCUCAGAGCCAGGAGGGCUGGGGUCCAGAGAGAGAGGGAGUCAUCACCAUUGAGUCCGCUGUUGACCCCAAGAGUCCACUCAGCCCAAUGCCAGGCUCACCUUUCACCCUGAGCACCCCCAGUGCUCCAGGACCCCUGGUCUUCACAGCCUUGAGCCCUGAUUCACUGCAGCUCAGCUGGGAGAAACCUCGCAAACCCAACGGAGACAUCCUGGGCUAUGUAGUCACCUGCGAACAGCUGCAUGGUGGAGGUGAUGUGCGGUCCUUCCAGGUGAACGGUGACAGUUCCGAAACCAGUCUGACCGUCCCAAACCUGACUGAGAAUGUUCCCUACAAGUUUAAAGUUCAGGCUCGAACCACACAGGGUUUCGGACCUGAGAGGGAGGGCAUCAUCACCAUCGAGUCUCAGGAUGGAAGUGCUUUGUCUCAGUACAACAACCAAUCACUCACAAGGAGGGAAGUUUUCCAACUGCCAACAGAAGUGAACACACGAACCACCGUUUCCAACACCAUGCUCAAUGACCCUUACUUCUCAGAGGGGAUGAUGAUGACCACACAGCACACAGAGAGUAGCGGCAUGAUAACCCGGCAGAUCACCAAGGAAGUGGUUCAGAGGAGCGUCGUGGGAGGAACCACUGUCACAAAGAAGAUGUUUUACGAUUCUUAAAAUCCCCACGCUUAUUUAACUUGAACGACCAAAGGUCCAAACAUGAUGAGGAAUCAUAUCUGAGAUUCUCUUUUAAAAAGAGUCAGAGAGCUCACACAUGAUCAGUGUAUGUAUUCAUAUGUGUAUGUGUG